UGAGAGUGCGCUUCUGUGGCUGGGUAUGCUUGGUUAGAUAAUUUGCUUUCAAUACAGAUUGCCAAACAAACGCUCUUUCAUUUGGGACCAGCUAUCCAACUAGGAACGAAGUUUCGGAAGCUUUUAUUCAUCGGAUGAAACUACACGUUUGAAAACGUACAACAUGCUUUGCAAACGACUAUACUUCUGUACUCUGGUGCUUUUCUUUGAAACUUUAAGAUAUUGUGAGGUGCUGUCUUUAAGGGCAGGGUUCAGACAUUCGACAAUAUUGGAUGCGCAUGGCAAAUACAGACUGAGAUGGACAUACGACGAAAACACGGUAACUUUUGAAGCUGAAGUAGAAACAAAGGGAUAUAUAGGAUUUGGUUUGUCUCCCAAUGGAGCUAUGGCGUUAUCAGAUAUUGUAAUUGGAGGCGUUGAAAAAGGGAAACCCUACCUGCAGGAUUAUUUUGCAGAUUCCAGCAGGAAGGUUCACAGAGAUGUAGAGCAGAAUUAUAAGCUGGAAUAUGGAAUGGAAAACCAUACACACACUGUUCUGGCUUUCAGCAGAGACCUCCAUACCUGUGACAAAAGUGACAAAGACAUUACGGAGAACACAGUGAGGGUGAUUUGGGCCUACCACAAUGAUGAUGUUGGACCUUCUGGACCAAAAUACCAUGGUGUAAACAGGGGAAGGAAGAGCCUGCGGUUGCUCAACCCCACAAGUACUGUUAGCAUCUCCUCUGAGACUCCCUUUUUCGACUUAACAAAUUUAAACGUGCCAGUUCCCUCAAAGGACACAACCUAUUGGUGUCAGUUGUUUAGAAUCCCAGAAGUUCCAAGGAAACAUCACAUUAUUAGAAUCAAACCAUUGAUCCAGACAGGCCAUGAAAACCUGGUACACCACAUAUUAUUGUAUCAGUGUGACAGCAAGUUGAAUGAGAGCGAGCUUGAUUUUGGACAUGAAUGUUACCACCCCAACAUGCCAGACUCCUUCCUAACCUGUGAGACUGUGAUAUUUGCUUGGGCCAUUGGAGGAGAGGGGCUGACCUACCCACAGCAUGUUGGCCUUUCUAUCGGCACCUCAAUAGAUCCAGUCUAUGUCCUCAUGGAAGUCCACUAUGACAACCCUACCAUCGAACAAGGAGUUCUGGACAGCUCGGGCCUCAGGCUCUUCUACAGCCCUGAGCUGAGACAGUACGAUGCUGGUGUGAUUGAGACCGGCAUCUGGGUCAGCUUGUACCACAUGCUCCCCCCGGGCCUUCACGAAUACACGUCUGAAGGCCACUGCACCCAGGAGUGUCUCCAAGAGGCCCUGGACCAUGAAAGGCCAAGUGGAGUCAGAGUGUUCGCAGUCCUGCUGCAUUCCCACUUGGCUGGCCGGGCCAUAAGAACUAGACAUUUCCGGGACCGGGAGGAGCUUCAGCCCUUGGCCCAAGAUGACGAAUUUGACUUUAACUUCCAGGAGUUCCAGUACCUCCAAGAAGAGAGGCUGCUGUUACCUGGAGACAAUCUGAUCACUGAGUGCAAGUAUAACACAAAUGGCAGAAGUAAUAUGACCUGGGGCGGUUUGAGCACUAGGGAUGAGAUGUGUCUGUCCUACUUGCUUUACUAUCCACGAAUAAACCUUGCUAGGUGCGAGAGUCUCCCAGGAAUAACUGGGCAACUGAAGUUCAUUGGUGUCAAAGAAAUCCAAGUUCCAGUCAUGACCUGGCCAUUUAUAAUCAAAAGCCCCAGGAAGUACAGCAACCUCACCUUCACAGAGGCCAUGGACAAGUUCAAGUGGUCGAAGAAGAGGGGGAAGGCCUUCAAUGAGAUGGUGCUGCAGUUGCCGGUGAACGUGCGCUGCUCCAAGUGGGAUCAGGAGGAGUGGUCGAUCCAGGGCGUGAUCGUGUCUCCCCCUGAGAUUAAAUCAGAAGCAGCACCACGUCUCACCCCUUGCAGCACUGCCCCAGAGUUACAGAGAGGAGGGGCCGUUCUCACCGCCCUGUGUUUUGUGUUCUCAGUCCGCACCUGGAUCUCUCUCUGGCUCUAGCCUUGCCACGCCACAUUUCCCACAGACUCUGAGGAAGUUGAGGCCACCAGCUAAGCAUUACUUAUGAUUAAAGCAAUAUGGGAAAAUGUUUAUUAGUAAACAUACUGAUACAGUGUUCAGAAAAAAAGGGAGUGCCAGGCUAUUGUAACAUGAUCUCCGUCACUUGGUGAAAGGCUUCAAAACAUCUUGAGUGUAUAAAGUCGGAGGUCGUGGCUUUGUGCACCUGAUGACAUCUGCCCAGGAGUUGUCCUCAUGUAUAGCCUUGCAUCUGCCAAGGCGCUAACCACAAAACAUCAAAGCUCUAUGGAAAUCAAAGCACCCAGCUAGCCUCCAGCAAAACAUGUUCAGUUCUGUCCUUUCAUAUAAGUUUGCUUCAAGUGACAUUCUAGUUUUUACAGGAACACUCAUGGAUAACUAUUCAUAAUUAUUCAGUUACUAGACCAAUAACUCGGCCAUUUCACGAAGCAAAAGAGAGCUACAAACUACAACUACUAUAAAAGACAACUGAAAAUACAGAUCCAGAAUAGCUAAAAUGUAAGUGGUCAAUAACACUAAGUAGUAGUAUAUUUUGAAUUCAGAUGUAGUUUUAAGUGAAUUGUUCCUGUUUUGAUACUGGCGUGUUUCUAGAUUAGCAGGCUGAUCUUUCAAUAUUAUACAUCCAUACAGGCACCUGUAUUUUGUAGGGAAUAUUUAGUGCACCUAUCAAUCUCAUAAUAAUUAUAUACAGACAUAUUUUACAGCCAGUAAUUGUGAGCACUCUCAAUUGGAACAGAUAAACAGUGUACAGCUGUCUUCUUGCCAGGGGCCGGAUGAGGUUUUGAUCUUCAUAAAAUGGUCCAAAUUAAAUGUAAUAACUGUUUGAGAAUUUGAUUAAAAUAACAAACAAAACCAUUUUUUACCGUUUAUAUCAUUUAUAUUCUAGGAAGGUUAUUUAUGCACAUUCUGUAAGAUGUAUUUAUCCAUUGGCUGAAUACUGGUGACUUAUGCAUUAUUAGCAUAAUUUUAUAUUAUGUAAAAUUAAAAAACAAAAUCUGUUCUAUACAUGAUAAUGAAUAUUUUAUUUCUUGGAGAUUUAUAUAUGGCAAUAAAUGUUUUAUUUCUUGAAUAAA